AUGAAGAUCUCGACUUUCUUCCCUUGCUUCUUCUCCAAACCAUUUUCACUCAGCUUCCGUGCCAAGCUAAAAAAAAAGCCUUCAAACAAUGAACUCUCUCUAAAUGGCUCAGAGCAAAUCCUCAAGAGAAGGGACUUUGAUUCUCGUUUCCUGGGAAUCGCUACGAAUGGCUUGUGCCCAGUGAUGUUUUUUAUUCAUCUUUGUGCCGGGGUUACGGUCAAGGAUUCCGAGAAAUUCGAAGUGGCUUGUUUUCGCCCUUCGAGACAAACCGACUCUUUCUUCGGCGGU